UCUAUAUCUUACUAGGUAAAUUUUCUGAAUCUCCGGUAGAAAGCAUGGAGUCACCAAAAGACUACUGCUCUGCUAACACACGCGUCUUCUGGGACGUCGAUGAUUUCCCAAUCCCUGAGAAUGGCGAUUUGUGUGCUUUUCGUUCCAAAGUCAGACGAGCUCUUGAGAUGGAGGGUUAUUAUGGUUCCCACCUGACAAUCUUUGCUUAUGUUAGCGACGAAAAAGCUAUGGUAGACGAGGAGAGGAGGCAAUUUGCCAUGGCCGAGAUCCCGCUCAUGUGCGUAAAUGUUGAAAAACGGUCGAGACUCUCUAAGAUGAUACUUGAAAUGCUUGCGUGGGCAUUCCAGAAUCCUAACCCUAAUAAAGCAAUUUUACUCAUAGUUGCAAAAGACAUCCCAGAGGGAGACACGGAGUUUGGCCGUGUUCUUGGAAUACUGGCAGAAAGAGGUUACCAUGUUUUCUGUACAGUGCCUGAUGACUUCCCGCAAGGACAACUGCCACCAGCUGGUCCUCGCAAGGACAACUGCCACCAGCUGGUCCUGCAGAGUUGACAUGGCGUUGGACAGAGCUGUUUGAUGGCAAGUACUCUAUCGAAGCUGCUUUUGAUUCGGAUACCGAAAGUGAUGAUGAUGCGGAUUGUCCUCUUCAGGAGAAACGUCCGAAGACAAGUACUGAAUGAAGCUGGUAGUUCUCACAAGUAGUAGCUUAGCUUUCUCUGCGUUUUCAAAUAUAAUUUGGUUUUGUGUAUCUGAGUUAUUUUCAACAUUAUCUUUGAUUGAGAAAG